CAGCACCACAGCUCCUCCGGUGCAGUACCAGGAGGGUGUCUGUCUCUUUCUGUCUCAUCCAAACCUCUUUCACUCAGGACUCUGCUCAUCUCUUAUCAGUGUCCCCAUCACUGCCUCGCUCAUCCGCCUUCCUUCGGGAGGAGCUGGAAAAGCCAGCACGGGGAAUUUACCCAGAGGAUAAUGCCCAAAGGUCCACUGUGCAGCUCUUUUACGUAACUCUUCAUUUUUCCUGCACAAAUACUUUGGAGUAGAGCCACGUCAUCUCAGGGUGUCCUCUGUGUUGCUCUGGGAUAGAAGAUGAGGAGGCGUCGGAUGUUACCUAUAUUUGCCCUUUUGGGCCUCCUAUUUGUAGGGCUGUUCGCUGAACUUGAUGCUCAGGAUGAUUGUGCACAAGGGCUGGCUGCCGAUAUAUACUUUCUAGUGGAUUCAUCCUGGAGUAUGGGAAAGGAGAACUUUGAGCAUGUCAGACAAUUUCUGUACAGCACUGUUGAAGCACUGCACGAUGCCGGAGGGGACAGGUUUAAAUUUGCCCUUGUGCAGUACAGUGGCUCGCCUGAAACCGAGUUCCAUCUCAACAGCUACCCAUCAAUACAGGGAGUCCUGGCACACAUCAAGGCUAUGUCUUAUCGUGGUGGGGGCACCCGGACAGGACUGGGCCUGGAUUUCCUUAUCCGUACCCACUUGAACACUGCAUCAGGCAGCCGCGCUGGCGAUGGGGCUACCCAAGUGGUGGUGGUGCUAACCGAUGGUCGCUCCCAGGAUGAUGUUUCCGAGCCGGCUCAGGUGCUGCGGCUGGCAGCUGUUGUCGUGUUUGCAGUUGGCGUUCAGGAUGCAGUGGACUGGGAGCUGAGGGAGAUGGCUAGCCAGCCCCAUAAUGCUCAUGUGCUCAGUGUAGACUCUUUCCUCAAUUUGAGGGAAAUAAUCCAUGAUUUAGUGGUGGGACUGUGUGGCGCAGUGACCCAGUUAGGUAGUGCUCCUGUGGAAACGGAGGUUCCUCUGGCUGGAGAAGGUGCAGCACAAGAUACAGCUGACCUAAUAAUCUUAAUUGAUGGAUCACAGAACGUUGGAGCAGCAAACGUCCCCUAUGUGCGUGAUUUGGCUUUGAAAAUCAUUGAGCCCCUUGAUGUGGGCAGGGACACAAUUCGGGUUGCCUUGGUCCUGUACAGCACCGAUCCAGACAUAAAGUUCUAUCUCAAUAGCUAUGACACCAAAGCUGACAUCCUGGAUGCUGUAAAGGGCCUCACCUUCACAGGGGGAGAUGAAUCUAACCUGGGUGCUGCCUUGGAAGAAGUGGCCUCAAGCCUCUUGGGCCAAACAGCUGGAGGCAGGGCAGAGGAAGGUGUGCCCCAGGUGUUGGUGGUAAUCAGUGCCGGGCCAUCCACUGAUGAUAUUGGUUUUGGUGACCGGGCCCUUAAGAGGGCAGGUGUUCUCACGUUCAGCAUGGCGAUUGGUGAUACAGCCGCUGCAGAUCUGGAAGUAGUCGCUACAGAUACAAGUUUUUUUCUGUCAGCCACUGAUUUCAGAUCACUGGGAAGCAUGAGUGUCCAGAUCCUUCCAUACAUAAUCGGGGUGGCACAGCGAACCAUUAUAGUUCAAACUGAGUUCAAAGAAGCGUUGGCUAUUGGAAAAAGAGACAUAAUUUUUCUUAUUGACAGUACAAUGGGUGCAACACUCAUUGGCUCUGUGCGCGAGUUCAUCAAGCGGUUUGUUGACAACAUGCCAAUUGCUCCUGACCAAGUUCAAGUGGGAAUAGCAACAUUCAGCGACACUGCACGGAUAGAGAUGGAUCUCAACACCCAUGGAUCCAGGGAGAGUUUAACAGCUGCUUUGGGCAGAAUCAAACCAAAACAAGCACAGACAAUUAACAUUGGAGCUGCCUUGGACUUUGUGCGGCUGAAUAUGGUGCGCCCUGAAAAGGGCAGUCGUCUUCAACAGGGAGUACCCCAAAUUGUAGUGCUGAUGACCAGUAGAAGAUCCAGUGACAGUGUCAAUGAACCUGCAAGAGCUUUGCAACAAAUGGGGGUACUAACCAUAGCUAUCGGUUCCAAGGCUGCAGUGAAGGAGGAACUGACGCAAAUUGCCUUCCCUCAAAAUUUUGUGUAUGAGCUAAGGGACUUCCGUAUGCUGCUUCGGCAGCCCGCGGAAAUUAUUGAUGCACUUUCAACUCUAGCUGGGGUGGUGGUGACUGAAGUACCCACUGAGACAGUGGAGAUUACUACGGUACAGACGCAAAAAGUGCUCAGAGACAUUGUCUUCCUUGUGGACGGCUCAGAUUACGUUGGCAGCGGUAACCUACCCUAUGUGCGGGAGUUCAUUACCAACGUGAUCAACCAGCUGGAUGUGCGUCCCGACAGAGUCCAGAUUGGCCUCAUGCAGUUUGCCGAGCAGCCAAAAACUGAAUUCUAUUUGAACAGCUACCGUACCCGACAAGAGGUUUUGGACAGAAUCUCCCAACUCUGGCUGACUGGCGGCUCUGUGUUGAAUACAGGAGCAGCCAUGAACUAUGCCCUUUCCCACAUGUUCCAGCCAUCAACUGGGUCACGCAGGAAACAGGGAGUCCAACAAGUGUUGGUUCUCGUCACAGGUGGUCCAUCUGCAGAUCCGGUUAAAAUCAUUGCAGACAAACUGGCUGUAGCAGGUGUUCUGACCUUCACUGUCAGUUCUGGACAGGCAGAUGAUGCUUUACUGAGAACAGUAGCAUUUGUUCCAGAGUUGGCUUAUCAUGAAAGAAGCUUCUCCAACAUACCAUAUAUAUCUGAUCAAAUCUUUCACCCAUUGAUCACAGUGGUUGGUGACACCGAUGUGGGAACACUCCCAGAGGAACCAGCAAUUACAGGACCUCAAAGGGAUGUUGCCUUCCUUAUUGAUGGCUCAGACAAUGUUCGAGCGGAUUUCCCAUACAUCAAGGAUUUUAUCAUUAAAGUAAUUCAGCCACUUGAUGUUGGAACUGACAAGGUACAAAUUUCAGUUGUUCAACACAGUGAAAGGCCGACACCAAGUUUCUACCUGAACUCUUACCAAAAAAAAGAUGACGUAAUAAGAGCUGUAAAUGGAAUGACAGUCGCUGGAGGACGAGGUCUAAACACCGGAUCUGCCCUGAAAUUCAUGAAGGACACCAUCUUGUCUGAAAGCCAUGGCAGUCGAGCUGCACAAAAUGUUCCCCAGUUUCUGAUCGUGUUAACUGGAGGCAGGUCAAGAGAUAAUGUGAAGGAACCUGCUGGUGCACUGAAGACAAAGGGUGUAGUCCCAUUUGGUGUUGGUGUCAAGGAUGCGGACCCAAGGCAGAUUGAAGCAAUUUCACACAACCCUUCCUUUGCCUUCAAAGUCAGGGAAUUCAGUGACCUUGGCACAAUUCCACAAAAGCUCAAUAGCUACGUGAGCCUUCCUAAAGAUCAGCUGCAAGUUAUCCUUGACCAAGUACAUGGUGAUGCUGUAAAAAGAGAUGUUGUGUUCCUACUGGAUGGCUCUGAUAAUACACAAAGUGGCUUCCCCGAGAUACAGCUCUUUGUGAAGAGCAUAGUGGAGGGCCUCUCUGUGGGUGAAGGCAAAGACAGAGUUUCUGUGGUUCAAUAUGCUGAUAAUCCAGAGGCCAGUUUUUAUCUCAGUUCUCACAGGACGAAGGAGGAUGUUAUGAAUGCCAUAGACAGUUUAAGGCACAAGGGUGGGAGGCGCCUUAACACCGGGGCAGCUCUCCAGUUUGUGAGGCACAAUGUCUUCACUUCCUCCACCGGUAGUCGAAGACUCGAGGGAGUGCCCCAGAUUUUGAUUCUUCUAAGUACUCAAGAGUCGAGUGAUAAUGUGAAAAGCCCGGCUAUUGCUCUUAAAGAUCGUGAAAUUGUGACCUUGGUCAUUGGAGUUGGAGAUGAAACUGUUCCAGAAAUGGAAAUGAUAGCCUUUGAACCUGGUUUCAUUUACAAGGUCACAGAGUUGUCCAAGUUGCUGUCAAUCCAACCACAGCUUGUUACAUUUCUCAAUAUAUUUAAGGGCACUGAGGAAUCCAUCACAAAAGUCUCAGAUUUACUCGUUGAAUUAGAGACUGUUCAUCGAGAUAUUGUGUUUCUAUUGGAUGGAUCGGACAAUACAAAGAGUGGCUUCUCAGCAAUGCAAAGGUUUAUCCAGAGUGUGGUAGAAACACUCAGUGUUGGUGAAAACAAAGACCGUGUUUCUGUGGUCCAGUAUAGCAAUGACGCACAGAUGGAUUUUAGUUUGAAAACGUACAUGGAAAAACAAGAGGUUCUUGAUGCUGUCCAACAGUUAACCCAUAAAGGGGGCACACCCCUCAACAUUGGCGCAGCUCUUGACUAUGUGCGGAAUUAUGCUUUCACUGACUCCUCUGGGAGUCGGCGUGAAGAAGAUUCUAAGAAAAUUGAUCUGGUAUUUCUUAUUGAUGGAUCACAUGAUUCACGAAAUGGUUUUGAAGUUCAACCUGACAUUGUCAAAAAGGAUAUUGUAUUCCUUCUGGAUGGUUCAGAUGGCACAAGGAAUGGUUUCCCUGCCAUGCAAGAUCUUGUUGAGAGAGUGGUGGAAAAACUCAGUGUGGGAGAAAACAAUGACCGUGUCUCCGUUGUCCAGUAUAGCAGAGAUACAGAAGUUCAUUUCUACUUGAACACCUACAAAACCAGAGAGGAUGUUGUUGAUUCAGUGAGAGGGCUGCAACACAGAGGAGGCAGCCCCCUCAACACUGGAGCAGCCUUGCAAUACGUAGGAGACAAUGUGUUUACAAACACUUCUGGAAGUAGGCGGCUGCAAGGGGUUCCACAGUUGUUGAUCCUGUUAUCUGGUGGAAGGUCAUUUGACAAUGUUGAUACCCCAGCCUCUGCUCUCAAACAGCAGGGCAUCUUUGCAGUUGGCAUUGGAACAAGGACCUCUGACAGGAGAGAACUGCAGAAAAUAUCAUAUGACCCAACGUAUGCCCUCUUAGUUUCUGAGUUCAAUGACCUCCCCGAUGUCCAAGAACAGCUCUUUUCUGUUUUGAGUACAAUGCCAGCAAGGGUCACACCCAUGCCACCAACUGUUAUUGGUAAGGAAUUCCUGUUUUAUUUCACCUAUUCUUCUGAUAAUGUAGACAUUGCCAAAUUUAGUCUGUGUCAGGCAGUAUCACUUAGAUGA